GGUUUGGCUAUAAAAAUUUCUUUCAUUUCUUCGAGCAUAAAACAUUUUGAAUGUUGGUGAUUCACAUGUUUGCAUGAAGAUUUUCAUUUUUUUUACAAAAAAAAAGUUAACAAAACAAAAAACUUAAUACGUUUUUGAUUGCCAAACACGAUUGAAUAACCUGACCGUUCAUUUCACCGAAAGUGACCGAAUCGCGAACAAAGCAAAUCCUCCAACAACAAAAAAAUGACUCUAAUAAAAAGAAAUCAUUUAUUAUUAUGGCCAUUAAUGGUCACAAUCAUUUUGGUUUGUUAUUUAUCAUCAACAGUAUUUGCACGAAAUUAUUAUCCACCAAAAUAUGAAGAUAAUCGUCAAAGCCGUAUUAAAUUAAAUUUAGGUCUUCAUGUGCCACCAAUAAUUGUUAAACUUCCUCGAAUGGAAAUGCCACAAUUGGUUAUCGGGGCAAAUUUGAUUAAAAAUCCAAAAGCUAAACCAUUGGUUUUGAAUAUGCCACCACCGCCAAGCAUAUCAUUCGGUGAUAGUAAAUAUGAUGGAGGUGGAUAUAGUGCACCACCUAGUUAUGGUGGUGGUUAUCAAUAUGCAGCAGCCGGUUCAACACAAACAACCGAUAGUAUUAAAACAUCGGCAUCAUCCGCUAAUGAAUAUGGCUUGGAUCUGAAAGCAUAUAGUAGUGAUCAAUAUCAAAAUAUGAUGCAUCCAUCAGCUUCCGUUGCACAACCUCCACCACUAUCUCCACUUCCACCACCGCCAUCAAGUCCAUUAGAAAUGAUGCAACAAUAUUCAGCACAUCAACCACAAUAUUCAUCACAUCAACCACAUUAUGCUCAUCCUCAUCCUCAUCCUUAUGGUAUGAUGCCACCGCCACCACCACCAUCAUCAUCACAUUAUUUACAUCAUCAUCAACAUGAACAACAAUCUGAUCAUCAUGAACCAAAACCAAUGCCACCACCGAUGAUGCCACCACCACCAUUACCACCAAUGGGUAAUCCAAUGCAUUCAUAUCCUGGUCAACAACCACCAUAUUAUGGAACAACAUUAGAAUCGAUGCCACAUUAUCCAGUCGAACGAAUGGGUUUGAUUCCUCCGCCACCACCACCACCACAUCAUUCUUUUUCAAUGAAACCAUUCAAUGAACCAGGAAUGAUGGCAAUGUCAACCAAUCGAGCACAACAACAUUUAUUACCACCACCAUCCGGUUUUAAAUCACCAUUUCAAUUGUUGAAAAAUUCUGGAAAUGAAAAAUUCAAAUUACGUUUAAAACCAAAUGCCGAAAUUUUUGAUAGUGAACAAUUAUAUUCAUCGAUAAAUGGCGAUGAUGAACAACAAGAUAAUGAUGAUUCAAUCAAUGAAGAUUAUAGUAAAGAUUAUAAUGCUGCACCGAAAAUUUCGAUGCCAAAAUAUCAGCAACGAAACUAGACACACAUAUUUCCUAUAAAUGUGUGUUUACACCAUUUAAUUGUAUUGUCUCAUGCUCCUCGGGUCGAGCGAGAAGGUGCCAAUUUUUUUUUUAAUCAUAAACAAAAAAUUCAUUUGAUAAU